UGGCGCCAACUGAUUUUUCGAAACGGGCUGUGGCGCUGCUAAUUUCUGCCUGUUCAAGGAUCCAACGCUUUCGCCGCCCGUGAUUGGCAUCGGGAUCGGUGGAAUAUUGCUCCGCCGACUAAUCCGGUCGUAUAUCAGACCCGCUGAAUUUAUCGCUCCAUACACCAUCAUCUUACUUCUUCCUUGGUCCGACACCUGCAGUCAUGUCGCACCCAAAAAAGCCCCAUGAAGUGGUAAAAUUUCAGCACGUACGUGUUCAUCGCCAAUGCGGAGCGUGCGGAUUUCUAUUUGUCUUCGGAGAUCAUCUGGUUGCACUGCGCGCCUCCUCAACGCGUAUUAUCGCCUGUGAUGCAUCAACAUUUGCCGCAACAGGAACACCACAAACCCGUGCUACCUACCUCUUUUGUCGGCAUCCGCAUUGCAGAACGUGCUCAGCGGCUGCGGAUACGGCCACCGUUCACAGGGAUUGCUUCAACCUCUACAGCUCGCGAACAGAACUCCCAGACAAAUUAUACAGACUACUGAUAUUCUCAAUUGCGAGGUAUCCGUGGCCUCGGAGCACAGCCCUUCUGCUUCCUCCCACCUCGGAUAUCACGCGCGCCAGCAAGCGCGCCAUAACGCUUGGCAUUGCCGAUUUCAAGAUGCCCGGACUUGCAAAGCUUCCCCCUGAACUGACAACAGUGAUUCGGGGGUAUUUGGGGCAACAUGAUCUUCUGCGUCUGUGUUGCGUGCUUGAGACUAUCGACUUCAUACACCUCAAGGGCCUUGAUUCGCCCUUGUCGGGACCACUUCGCCAAGUCCAGUUCUGGCACCGAGGGAAACUCCCGAUUAUAGCUCGGGCAGGCUCGUCCUUCCCGAUAGAGAUGACGAUUGAUUCAAGGGGCAUUAGGUGCAUAGAGAGAUCCGGGUGUUCGACUGCGCAGCUGCGAUCCCCAUUUGAUGUGUACACCACGGUCGGCGUUGAUGACGACUUGGUUAUUAAUUUUCAAUUCGGUGUGGGCCGUCUUGCAACGCCCCCUCCAUCAGGAACGCUCCAACUCACGGACAGGCCUAAUUUGUCACCAGAGGCAGGCUUUCAAUUUCCGUCCCCAAAGCACGGUGAUCGACUCGCCACCGUUGAUCUGGAUCACUGCUCAGGAAUCACGUUCUUCCUGUUUAACAGGAACUUGCAUGCGAUUCACGCUCAUACACCCGCGGCGCCAACCGCAGAUGCCACCUUCGCACAGAUUGAGAUGACAGUUCAGCCGUUCGUGUCGUGGGUCUACGUCCCAAAUCCCCCUCGAGAUAAGAUCUCAGCGUUUGGGGUUCGAAUCGGGAUAACACAAGGCAAACUUCAAUUGAAUCAACGGACUUAUUUCGUUAGGACACCCCACCGAGGAGACUUUUACAUUGGUCCACCACCAGUUGGACCGGGGCUACAUUAUGCCGUUCACACCACGUUGCGAUCGACUCUUUUGUGUGUUGUGGCGCGGAACAACCUUGUCGUCAUUCGGGGGGUGUUAACAGAAGGCGAUGCCUGCUCAGUUGGCACCCCUGUAGUCCCAGGAAACCCACCAAUUCAAGACGCAUGCCAUGCGCUGGCUAUACUGUCAUGCGUGAAAUCCAUCUGGAUAUUCCGCGACAAGGAAGCACAAUUCUGUCGGGGUCUUAUAGUUGAGUAUCUUGAUGGCACAGAAAAGGCGUUGGGGCUGUGUCGCAUAGGGGUUGAUCUAGCUGAGAGAUGUGGUGCCGUGGAGCAGCUCUCAUUCAAGGAUGUUGAGCAACAAGAGCGCCCAAAACACCGGAUGGUGAUGGUGAGAGGUUCCCGCUCACAGGGGAAGGACACUUGCGACGAUGGAGAAUGGACGGUUUGCUCUCACGGGGACACGUUGGAGGUUUGGUCGACAGCAACACAGAUGGUGAUGACUAAAACAAAGCUAAGCGACACAAAUUCGUCGGAUACGCAAGCUAAAGUACUCUAAGCCUAGAGCCAAUCUUCGACAUUCGUAGAGAAAUAGACAGUGCCCGAAUUACCGACAUACUUGUAGC